GAACCGGAUAACUUUGCCAGGAUUGCUAGGAUUAUAAUGAUCAAGGAAUCCAUCAACACCCCUUCGUACCGUUUUCCUUCUUUCUUUUUUUCUCUCUCCUAUCUUUCCUUCUCUCUCUCUCUUUUUCCCUCUCAUUCUCUCUAUCUAUCAAUCUCUCUAUUCUCCUCUAGCUAUCCGCUCUGAUUCUCUUUUCCUCUGGCUUUUCUAUCGCAGUGCGAUAGAGUAUACACCCUCGUCAACGAUGUUACCGUUCGGGAUGCUUUACCGUCGUUAAUAUAAGAUGAUGCUUGCGAUUGAGGGGAAGUUGGCGCGAGAUAAAGAGAUAGUAAACACAUCACAGCUGUGCAUCAGAAAAUAUUAUCAUUUUACGUGAAAGUAAAAGUAAAAGAGGCAAAAAGGAGAAACGAAUGAGCGAAACAACAGCCUUGGUGGCAAAACAAAAAAACGAAAACAAAUCUGUACAGAGCAUAAUUCGUAUAAGCUUUAGGAGGAACGCUAAAUUAGGCAACGGCCAGCCGAAUGUGGGGAUAAGAAGCGAAAAGCAAAAAGGAUUUAGUGGAUAAUGUACAGUUUGUUCUAUGAUUUAAUCAAGAGGCCGUUAUCGAUAGGGAAUCGAUCCACCAUUACCACACUCACGCACACUCGGACACACACAUACACACGGAGCAGGCACGGGAGGAGGUGAGGGAGGUGAUGUUCUAAAGGGUAGGGUGGAAUAUGGCGCGAUGGGCGACGAGACGAGGCGUCAGUAGUGAUAUAGGAAGGGACAUCCCCGAGGCAACAAAAGGAUCUAAAACUAAGUGUUCACUAAAUGUUAAUGUAACUAUUCACGAUGAAUCGUAUGUGUGUAGCCGUGUGUGUGCGUGUUUGUGUUGGUGGAUAUUGGUUCCAGUGCUGGUUAAACUAGGCAAGGAAAACCAACGGCAAUGGACGUUGUACAAUUUAAGUAUCGUAAAAUCGUGAAACCUGAACCGCGAUCGUGUGUUGCCUUAUGCGCCUGCGUUACAUUCACAUCUCGUCCUGGUCUUGUUUUCGUUAGCCUUCUUACGAUCGCACUUGAUUCGUAUUUCUUUUGAUGUUUGGUUUCACUCCUCUCAAAACACAAGAGAGAGGAAGGACCGUAACGAUGAACGGUUUCAAUCUCAAAGCCCUAACAACGCACCUUAACCUUAAUAGAAUACUAGAGAGCAACAGCAGCAGCAGCAGCAGCACAUCCUGUUCAAGGCCACACUCGUUACCGUUUUACUGAUAAAUCAAACCACCACACAAAGCAUAGCAAAGGAUAAACAAAGGAUCCGAUCCCUUCUCACUCACUGUUACUGUAGCUGAAUCAUUACCAAGCAAACAAACAAAAAAAAACCCAAUACAUUGUUACUCCCAACUGUUGAUAUUACCUGUUCCGCGCGCCGAAGAAUCGCCGUGUUUAAUCUAUACUGACGGCCACAUAGGAUGGCAAUUCAUUCGGAUUCGGAGAGAGAAUCCCGUCAGCGCUACGUGUCCUAUUUACAGUCAUAUAAAAAGUCCGUAUCAAAAAAAAAUAUAUAUUAAUACAUUAGCAGCUCACCACACCAGCUCAGACCGGCAAGCAAAAGAAAAUUCAAUCUUUCAAUGUUACCAGACAAAAUCGUAAAUCGUAAGUGCACCACUCGAACGAAGGAAGGAAAUAUUCACAAAAUACCGCAAAUACAAAACGCAAACGCAAAAUUGCAUACAGUAGAUAACGGAGACACGUUAACAAAUGGUUUUAAAGGGCGAUACAGCAAAGGUACAUACACAAUCAAUGCAGGGCAGGGGGCGAAUCGGUGAGAGAAAUCCUACAACAAAAACGCAAGAUAAACCAAUCGAAUGGUCGUAUAGCAAUAUGCUAAUGAAUCCGUCUCAAUCCCUGUUUUCGGGGGAAUGCAACGCAAACGCAAAAAGUAUAUGAAGCAGCGACGGGCGGGCGGCGGGCCGACAGGAACGUUGGAAAGAAUGAUCCAGGAAUGAUCCAGGGGCACAUGAAGGGGCAGGCAGGCAGCAGGCAAACGCAAUAGUGACGAGUGAUGAGCGGAAACCGUUAAUACGUGUAUUGAGUGUACAUAUAGCUACCGUCUAAUGAUAACGUUAUUACUGAGGGGUUCUUUUUUAACAUUCCACUACGAUUCAUUGAUUCUAUUCUACUCUCGCUGUGUACCUAUACACUCUACUUAGCACACUUCACAACCGCUAUCUGCUCCAGUUCCGUUGCUAUAGUUUAACGUCUACGCUCUGUUGGCUCUGUUUUAGUGAAUAAUGUUUUCCUUUGUCUUAUUAUAAUAUAUACUUUCUCUGUUAUUCUACGCCGCUUUUUGUAAGACCUUUUCGUUGUGCCGUUUUUCUUUCUUCUGUUCUUUACUUUCUCUUUCUCUCUGUACUACUGGUACUUUCUCUUGGGCUUGCCACUUAUUUCCAUUUAUCUUUCAAAGCUUUUUGGUUUUCACUGUCAGUCUUUCUGUUCAAAACUUUCUAGCCCUUCUUCCGCGACCCUGUCUACUGAGAUGCUAAUCCACUUAUUUUGCUCUUUCACUGUUUACCCCACUGUCUCUGCCGCUAUAGUUACCUAAGGGGACUCUUCCAAAUGUGUGUCGAAUAGCUUUGAACAAAACAAACAAACAAACAAACAAACAAAGAAAGUAUCGAAUGUGUUCCAAUGCAAAUACAAAAGUAUAUUUCAAAAGUAAGGAAAAACUAGUAGCACGAGAUGAGAUGUAAUGCUAGUGAUGAUGACAAGACAUCUCGUAGAAUUUGAUCGUAGCGAAAAGGGAGGAUAUUCCCCAACCCAAUCCAGAAUGUGAAUAGGUGUGUGAUUGUGCGUGCGCGUGUAUGCAAACAGCUUUAUGGCGUUCUUAAUCUUUUGCGAAUCAAAAAAAUCCGAUACCCAUAAUAGUGGCAUAGCUACAUUACAAUGUUAGCUACAUUACAAUGUGGAUAAGUGGACACUACAAACACAUACACUCGCGUACAUUCAUUCAUACAGAAAAAAAAAGUUUAACAAUUUUGCAACAUACAAAACACUAGAAGUCUAAAUACAUAUAUUUUUUGAUGUCAACUUUUUGUCCCUCUCCCCGUCCCAUCAACCCAUGUCCCGUCGUGCUCAUCGGUCGGUUUAACGGGUGUGCAUUAAACGCACCUUAUGUCUCUCUCUCGCUCUCUCUUUCUCUCUAUUAAACACAAACAUAAAAACACAUAAAUCUUUCACACAGCAUACGACCGAAUCAAAUGCCUUUUAAAAGUACAAACAGUUACAAAAACCUGCGAGGUUCAGAACUUCAUUUUGUAGACUUUUGAUGACUCUCAGAGCAACAACCGUGGCACCUGAGCGCCGCUGGAUGAUGUUAUUUAGAAUGUGAUGUUGCCCCCGGGAUAGUUGUGUGUUCAUAAUGUUGGGAUUGGGUCAAGCUCAGCUUGAUCUGGCGACAGGGCGUUUGACGCUAGGGUUGUAAAUAUUAUUUAAAGAGCAGAGCAAAAGAAAAAAAAUACUAUUUUUAAACAAAUCUUAUCUCGUUGCAAAUUGAAAUACUUUACAUCAACGAUAAUGCUGGCUAUCUGGUGCCCAACCCCGCAUAUAACCGAAAAACAUUGACACACAUUUGGCAAAGGCAUUCGAAAGGGGCAAAAAAACGGGCUCAACUCUCUCGGUCACUAUUUGCGUUUGCGUUAAUCUGUGUAGCAACUGUUGUCCCUCUUUUACGAUGGAGCAUCAUCAAAAUCAAACACAACGCUAGAAAGAUAGAAGAAUGGAAAACUCUAGUAGCAGCAACCAGAGCUACAUCAAGCUACACGCUAGCUAGCGCUAGCUGCACUGCGUUCAAACCAAAAAUGCUGUGACAGAUUAUAAGUAGUAGAGAGGCAGUAGUAGGACGUUGAGUUGUGCUGAGUAGCAGCUAGUGCGGAAACAAAGUGCAGGAAUCAAAGUGGCGAUCUAGUGUACCUUGUAAAGGUAGCGAUAGUGAGAGUGCACGGAAAACGGGAACAGAAGGAAAGUGUAUGUAAAUUAUAGAUAGCGAUAAAAAAGAGGGACUAUGAACACGGUUUUGUUUCAAGCACAUGAAUCGCUUCAUAUCCCUCAGGCAGACAAGCACACACCCCCACACAUGCACGCACGCGUGAACAUUCCAAUCAGGAUAUCGAGAGCGCAAGGAAUUAGAGGCAAGGUACAUCGGCGCGCGAGUCGAGUGAUGUGAUCAAGGUCACAUAAACAAAACCGUGGAAAUAUUAUUAGAUUGAAAAUCAUAAUUUGCCACAGUGAUACAUAGACGUAUAGGAACACUAUAGGCUGUAGGCGGCCAAGGCGGAGGCGGGCAAGCAGAAUUAAUAAUGUGUGUGUUGUGUGGCGGGCUUUUGUGGAUGCGAAACAUAACAAGAGAAAUGGCAAAGUACGACUUAACGGAAAUGUACACUAGAACCACCACCAUCACCACCGGCAGGACGUUGUAGUGUAGAACAGAAUUGUAGCAUUCGCGACCACUACUAACCGGUAGUAAAACAGGGACAGGGCAUGUAGGGUAGAAAUGAGAGCCUCGAUUCUGAUGCUUCUCCUUUUCGGCUCCCCGAUCCUCUUGAUCAUUCUUUCCAACCGCGAGCCCGAGAUGUUGCAAAUGUUAUACCAAAUCCUGUUGGUUUCUUCACAACAACAAAACUCGCUCUCAC